UUCUGGAAAGUUAUCAUGAAGUAAGCGGUCUCCUGUUGUCGCAUCUUAAGCCCGUGUGUGGGUGUGGACCGCUGCUGACCGCCGCAAUAACACUAAGAGACAAACAGACGGGGAGCGACUAUCGGCUGGAUUUAAAAACUCAACAUCUCACUCGUUUGGGGAAAAGGAGGCGACACGGUUGUUUAGUUACAUGGGACUAUACUGUAAUUAUAUAUAUAUAUAUAAAAAACAACAACAACAACACUCAAACCCGUUAUUUACAUGACUUUUUUUGGAGUUGGCCAUACCAUGGUACAUAAAUAUGACACAGAGCGAGCAGUGGGGCUGCUCAGACGCUACCAGUCCAACCUGACCAGUCCAGAGGAGCAGGCCCUGAAGACCAGCGUGGGCAAAGUCUCCUCCAUCUUGGGCAGCCAGCUGUUCCAUGCCCUUCUUGAUAUUCAAGAGUGUUACGAGGUGACCUUGCAACUGAACAAAGAACAAACUGUUGUGAAAGAAAACGGCAGGCGGGAUGCGUUGGAGGACCAGGAGGAAGAAGAUGGUGUGUCUCGGGUGCAAGUGACCAGCAGGAGGAGCCCUCACAAAGUGGAGCGAGUUUCUGGCUUGGUGACUCUAUCCCACGUCGAAAUGCCAAAGGCCAACCCUCCCCCCAUCAUCGUCAACGCAGACUCACUAGAUGCAGGCCCUUAUGUAAAUGGCAGUGAUGGGAUGUACAAAUAUGAAGAGAUCAUUUUGGAAAGGGGGAACUCUGGCCUGGGCUUCAGCAUUGCUGGAGGAAUAGACAAUCCCCACAUUCCUGAUGAUCCGGGGAUCUUCAUCACCAAGAUUAUUCCUGGAGGAGCAGCUGCUAUGGAUGGACGUCUGGGGGUGAAUGACUGUGUGCUACGUGUGAACGAUGUGGACGUGUCUGAGGUGGUUCACAGUCGGGCGGUGGAAGCCCUGAAGGAGGCGGGGCCAGUGGUGCGGCUGCUGGUCCGACGGAGGCAGGCACCACCCGAGACGAUUCUGGAAGUCAACCUGCUGAAAGGACCCAAAGGGCUUGGAUUCAGCAUCGCUGGAGGGAUCGGAAACCAACAUAUCCCAGGAGACAACAGCAUCUAUAUCACCAAGAUCAUAGAAGGAGGAGCUGCCCAAAAAGAUGGACGGCUGCAGACUGGAGACCGCCUGCUUGCUGUGAACAACAUCAUGCUUCAGGACGUGCGUCAUGAGGAGGCAGUGGCUGCGCUGAAGAACACCUCUGAUAUGGUUUACCUCAAGGUGGCCAAGCCGGGACCGGUGCACCUCAACGACAUGUACGCCCCUCCGGACUACUCCAGCACCUUCCCCACCAUGGUGGACAACCACGUAGGCCACAACUACAUGGGGGCAAUGGAGCCCAAGCCAGUGUACCCCCCGCCCCAGGUCACCCCGUCCAGGUACUCGCCAGUUCCUCCACACAUGCUGGGGGAGGAAGACUUCACAAGGGAGCCGAGGAAGGUGUUGCUGCACAAGGGCUCCACAGGCCUGGGCUUCAACAUCGUUGGCGGCGAGGAUGGAGAAGGCAUCUUUGUCAGCUUCAUCCUGGCAGGAGGGCCGGCUGACCUGAGCGGCGAGCUGAGGCGGGGCGACCGGAUUCUCUCGGUGAAUGGAGUGAACCUGAGGAAUGCCACACAUGAGCAGGCGGCCGCAGCACUGAAGAGAGCUGGACAGACUGUCACCAUCAUAGCUCAGUACAGGCCUGAAGAGUAUAGCCGCUUCGAGUCCAAGAUCCACGACCUGAGGGAGCAGAUGAUGAACAGCAGCAUGAGCUCAGGAUCAGGCUCCCUGCGCACUAGUGAGAAACGCUCCCUCUAUGUCAGAGCUUUGUUUGACUAUGAUCGAACGAGGGACAGCUGCCUGCCCAGCCAAGGCCUGAGCUUCUCUUAUGGGGAUAUCCUCCAUGUCAUCAAUGCUUCUGAUGACGAGUGGUGGCAGGCGAGACUGGUCACACCACAUGGAGAGAGCGAGCAGAUCGGGGUCAUUCCCAGCAAGAAAAGAGUGGAGAAGAAAGAGCGGGCCAGGUUAAAAACAGUCAAGUUCCACGCCAGGACAGGCAUGAUUGAGUCCAACAGGCCAGUCAAAGUAAAGCGCAAAAAAAGCUUCAACCUCUCACGCAAGUUCCCGUUUUACAAGAGCAAGGAGAAUAUUGUGCAGGAGUUGGUGGAGUCUGAACAAUGCCUGACAUCCAACACAAGUGACAGUGAAAGCAGUUCGAAGGGACAGGAGGACACGAUUCUUUCCUACGAGCCAGUCAUUCGACAGGAAAUCCACUACACAAGGCCUGUGAUCAUACUGGGCCCAAUGAAAGACAGAGUAAACGAUGACCUCAUCUCCGAGUUUCCCCACAAGUUUGGCUCCUGCGUACCCCAUACGACCCGUCCGAGGCGAGAGAACGAGAUGGACGGCCAGGACUACCACUUUGUGGGCUCGCGAGAGCAAAUGGAGAAAGACAUUCAGGAUAAUAAAUUCAUUGAGGCUGGCCAGUUCAAUGAAAACCUCUAUGGGACGAGCAUCUUGUCUGUCAGAACUGUGGCUGAGAGGCAGGGGAAGCACUGCAUUCUGGAUGUGUCGGGGAACGCCAUAAAACGACUGCAGCAAGCACAACUUUAUCCGAUUGCCAUCUUUAUUAAACCAAAAUCCAUUGAAGCCCUAAUGGAAAUGAAUAAGAGGCAGACGUACGAGCAGGCCAAUAAAGUCUUUGACAAGGCAGUUAAGCUGGAGCAAGACUUUGGAGAGUUUUUCACAGCUAUUGUACAGGGUGACUCACUAGAGGAGAUCUACAACAAAAUCAAGCUAAUCAUCGAGGAGCAGUCCGGUCCCUACAUCUGGAUCCCCUCCUCAGAGAAGCUCUGAGCUCCCUGCCGUCCCCUCUGCAUCAGUGCAGAGCUCCCCUCCUGCCUCCCAGAGACCCCUCCCAAGCCCAAAUAGCCCUGCCCCCCCCCCCCCCCCUCCCC